GUGCACUGAAAUCCUCUGCUUCACAGAGCUCCUAGGGUUCCGCUUGUAAAGGUCUCAGCAGAAUACAAACAGUAUCAAGACAUGUAUUUGUAGUCUGAGGUACUGGUCAGUGCUUUUCUCUCAGAGAAUUAGGUCAUUUAUCGGAGAACAUUGCAGCAAGUUGACACAUUGCACAACUCCAGCUACCAUGGGAGGAUGCCGAAGAUCCCUGCUGCUCCUAGGAUUCAUGUUUGUCAUCAUGGCGUAUUACCAAUGGGACAUGUUACCACAAAAGAGAGCAGAGAGGAUCCAUCAGCGUCAGGAACUGAGAAAGCAGUCGCUGAGAGAAAUGUGUGCCGCUGAAGAGGCGUUUUCUGAGGGAAAGCGCAGUUUACAUGACAUGAGCAACGGGGAGUUGAGGAACCUCAUUGUGGAUGACAACCACGGCAUCAUUUACUGUUACAUACCCAAGGUUGGGUGUACCAACUGGAAAAGGGUAUUUUUUGUGCUGAAGCAGGGUGAGCCUUAUCCUGAUCCCAUGUCCAUAGAAGGUGAAGUGGUACAUGUGCCCAACAUGGUCCCUCUCCUAAACAGCUUCCCAAGAACAGAGAUGAAGGCAAAGCUGAAGCAUUACACCAAGUUCCUGUUUGUCAGGGACCCGUUUGUACGUCUCAUCUCUGCCUAUCGAGACAAGAUGCUGGGGAACCAGAAGUACUUCUAUGAAAACUUUGGCUGGAAAAUUCUGCGCCUGUAUGGCAACCAGUCUGCACCACAUUUAGCACCCGGCAUACGUCCCUCAUUUUACAACUUUAUUCAGUACCUGGUGGACCCGAGGACAGAGAUGAACGAGCCUUUUGAACCCCACUGGAAGCAGAUGCACCGCCUGUGCCACCCCUGCCUCAUAAAGUAUGAUUUUGUUGGCCAUCAGGAAACUCUUCAGGAGGAUGCCGAACACAUAUUGAAGACCUUAAUGCUGGAGGACGACAUUAAGUUCCCUCCUUCUUACGAAAACAUGACUUCCACUACUUCUGUGUUGGACUGGUUCAGAACAGUGCCACUAGAGGACAGGAGGAAGCUGUACAAGAUCUACGAGAAGGACUUUAAGCUUUUUGGCUACAGAAAGCCAAGUGAAUUGCUUGAUGGUUGAGAUCAAGUCAUGAUUUGGACAACUUCACUUUUUUCUAUGCAGCCACUGAGCAUAUAGAAACUACAAUAUUUACUUUUGAGCAAAGCACAAUCACUUUUAUGUACACAAAUCAUGACAAGGAUAUAAGAAAUAUUUGACUAAAAAGGGGGAUAUGUAGUGUAAGAUUUACAUGGGUUUGUUGUUGCAUUUUAGUCUGUGAUCAACAUCCUUUCUGUUGCAGAUAGAUUGUUUGAAAUACAACAAGAGUGAAAACAUAAGUCAGACAAUCAAAGCCAUAAGCCUUAACGAGUGUAAAUUAAAAAGUGUGAAAAUGUGUAAUCGUUAAAAUUAUGUAACUUUCAAAAAUGCAGUACAGAGGUUGAAACUUAAUUGUGUGGAAAAGGAAGGACAGAUGAGGCGGGAAACAUAGACAGUGGAGGGUCAAGGAUACAUGAAAGUUGAACAAGGUAGGGGCGGGGGUGAGCACAUGCUAUGUCAGCAGUUUUGAUAUAUGCUAUAUCAAUGCUAUAUGCUAUAUGACUCAAGAUCCAGACUUCUGACAAACAACACAAGGAUAAAACAAAUAUUUGACUAAAUGGCUUUGUCAAAUACAGGAAUCCGUAAACACUGUUACAUAUUGGCUGUGUUCUGUCCACCUCUUCUUUACACCAUCAAAGUAUGUUUGCUAAAAGCAUCAAUUAAAUGAGAAACUGUUACUUUUUAUUUUUAUUUUUAAUGCUGGAGAUUUUCAACUUGCAUG